AUGUCCGAAGGCAUUUGCAGGCAAGCAGUGGCAGAAGAUUCGCGACAUGUCAUCCAUGAGGUAUCUUUAGUCAUUUCGGUCGCUUUGGUUAUGGCCCAUGCGAGCCUUUGCCAUGGGUGCAAGAAAGGCUGUGCGAUGUGUAAGUUUGGUCGUCUGAAACAGACUUGGCGGCUGAGACUUGGGGAAAGCCAAGAGGGCGAGCAGCACUGGUUGGCGAGACGAUUCACGAAGAAGGGUUGGGGAGUAGGGUGCCGAGUAUGCGCCGCCAAGGGUUUGCACACACCCUUUGCCCGCUUCGCUCUGACUAGCAAGAAUGACCUUCAGCUCAUAGCUUUCAAGCGUCAUCAGAACUCGCGGGCACAUCAGGAGUCCUUGGGCAAACUGGUCCCCGCGGCGAAGGACCGCUUGAAGCCUACAGCGGACCUUUUCUUGGAGCUUCUGCGUGCAAGGCAAGAGCGGCGAACAUUGGCGGAGAUGAGCCGGAGCUUGAAGGUGGGCCGGCGGCGGGUGCGCAAGAUGCAAUUCUGCUUGGCCGAGAGCCAUCGACAUUAUGUCCGGCUUUUUCUGAAAGAGGCCCGCUGCGUUGCACUCCACACAGACGCGCGGGAGGGCCGCUUAGUCACGAGGUUUGCAGCCACAACACGACGGCUGAAACAGCUCAAGGGCACUCUGCCAUUCCAGAAAGAACACAAGUCCACCGCGCAGGGUUUGGCAGAGAGCAUGGAGAAGUCUUUGGUUGAUCUCUGCACCCCGUAUCUUGGGGCUUUGCCUAGUCGUAUGGAUGUGAGCCGGCUGCAACAGCCAGAUACAGCGCUGCUGGAGCACAUAAAGAAGCACAUCGAGGUUCUGGAUGGCGAUGCGGCGUCAGCUCAGCAGGGUGCUUUGGUGGCCUUCGCACGGCGGGCACAGUUGCCGGCGCUGAAGGUUCGUCUUCAAGAUCCGACGCACGCAUUGUCCUGUGCCGCCCGGAAGAUUCAAGGUUGGAGCUGGUGGCAGUGGCGCCAAUGGAACGAUGGCGAUUGGAGCUGGAGCUGGAAUCGACAAGCCGGCACAGUGGACAAUGCGGGUUACGGACCACGCACCGGGGAGGACAGGCAGGCGAUGAUGAGGAACUACCUCAGCAGCCGCAAACGCAUCAUGAUGCGAGACGCAAAGGAGGCUGGCGAUGACUUCGACGUUCACGGGUGGAUGCUAGCCAACGCAAGUUGGUCUGGCUACCAAAAGGCGAGGUCCGCUAUCCAGAGCGAGAAGCCAAGCUUGAGCAAGGAGGAGGUCAUGCUGUGCAGCCGGGGCUUGGUGGCUGGCUUUGCAUCCUUGUUCCGCAGCGUGAACCCGUGGUACUUCACGACCAUGGGCUCCACGUUGCGGUCCAGCGAGCAGGGGGCGGUGGAGCAUUGGAUGGCUCUCGUUGAAGGCGGCGGCUCUGGUGCAAGCGAGAGGAAGGCGGCUGAAACAGCCCUGAAGCAAGAGGACGACGAAAACCAAAAGGCCGUGAAAGAGGUGGCUGCCGAAGCCCGUGAAGGGCAGGCACCGGCACCGCCUGUUGAGCCCAGCCCGGGCUUUGUGACGCCGGCGGAUGUCAGCAGUGUGGACCUGCUUGCGUACUGCGACAUGGAUAAGGCCGGCAAUUACAAGUGCCACCUUUGUGCCACGGGCUUUAUGGACAUGCUCUAUUUCCAGGCGCACCUCAUGACUGAAAAGCACCAGGCCCGGCUCAAGUGGUUCCUGGCGGAGAAGAAGACGGCUGCAACAGCCCAAGCGUCCUCCUCAGCUGCGGCCGCGGGGUCGAAGUCCAAAAGUGCGCCGAAGAAACGCGAGCAGGCCGUGAAGACGGAGCCCAAGGUGGAGCCAGACCAGCCCGUGGAGGUGAAGGAGAAGGUGGAGCAGCCUUUGGAGGUGAAGGAGCAGCCUUUGGAGGUGAAGGAGCAGCUCACAGCAAUGGAGGUGGAGCAGCCGGCUGAGCAGCCCAUGGAGGUAAAGGAGAAGACGGAGCAGGCAACGGCAAUGGCGGUGGAGCAGCCCAUGGCGGAGCAGCCCGCGGCAAUGGCGGUGGAGGUUGAACCUGCGUGCGAGGUCCAGCUGGAGCAGCCCAUGAAGGUGGCAAAGACGGAGAAGCCAGAAGAGGUGGAUAUGAAGCUGGAGGCGGUGGAGCCGGCUGCAACAGCCCUGGUGGAGCCGGCUGCAACAGCCCUGGUGGAGCCGGCUGCAACAGCCCUGUGCAUGGAUCCCGGGGACCACAUCGCGUACUUCCUGACCGAAGAUGGCUUGGCAGAGGUCAAGUAUCGCGUGAGUGGUGUGGGACCCAAAAUUUUGGUGGUUCUGCCUGGCACCGGCUGCUCGUACAUGAAGGACCCAAAGCUUUUGCUGGAUGAAUACGAGGACCUCCGCAUCGUGGAACCGCAGAACGUUGAAGGAGGGGCAAAAGGCAAAAAGUGGAAACUCGGGCCGCCAAAGUGGCUCGCAGCGUUCACGCACCAGGCUGGCGCCAGCUACCUUGCAGGAUUCAGCCGGGGGGCUUAUUGGGUCAGCCUCUUGGUGGCAGGGCUGUGUGAUCAUGGCGCCGUCAUGAUAGACGAGCAGGAGGCAAUUCAGAUGACCGUAAACCAGACGGCUGCAACAGCCUCGAUCCCCGCGUUCAGCGACUUUGAUCCUGGCAAGUUGCAGGGCGCGCUUCUGGCGGGCUGGUACAAGAAGCCGGGCUUCAGCGAGUGCGACCUGGAGGACUUGGCGCAGCGCCUGGUCGAUGAAUGCUGCCCAAUGCACAAAGUGGAGCGCAGCUUCUUCCAGAGCGUGCAGCGGCUCAACAGGGGCCGACUCAUGGUGGCGGAUGAUCUCAGCCACGGGGAUUUGGAGGAUCUCAUGGGCCUUCAGCCAAAGCAGGCGUCGGCUGGAAAACUAGCCUGGGACGCAUUGCUGGUCACGAAGACUGUUCGCCCAACGGUUUGGCGGGCGAUGAAGUCCGAAUCGGGGAUCUCCCAGAGGCCGAUCAAGGCAGAUCGCUUUCUAUGGGACACGAUGCAGAUGUUCAUCCUGGGGCCGACGGCCAUUGUGCGCAAAGCUGCAAAUAGCUGCAUCUUCCAGAACCUCUUGUCGCACUUCAUUGGCCGAAUGGAGGUCCAGGUGACGAAAACAGCCCAUCAGAAUUUCUCGCUGGCGAAACACCGGUUCGAAAGCAGCUACGAACCAGUCCUCCGCCUCAUCUUCCACCUGCCGGCUUUCAUUCUCACUGCCCAGCAACUUGUGCGCGAAAGGCCUGCAAGCGACCACAUUGCCAAGGCCUGCAAAAUUUUUCUGGGCGAACUGACGGAGGAGCGUUUGCUCACGCUCGCCAUGAUUGCUGACGCAAACUCUGCGAUUAUGCGGCUCACCCGUUAUGUGGAUACUGAGGCCUACGACAGCACCGGGCUGCAACACGAAGUUAUGACAUGUGCAAACACUCUUCAUCACCUCUUCAUGGAGAAUGCCUGCCGUGAACACGGGCUCAUGAUGCACAUGCGAGAGGCCCUCCAGAAGCCGCUGGUGUAUGUGGACAGUCAGGGAGUCCCGCAUAGUGUUGGCGGAAAAGCCGUGGCACUUCGGGCAGCUGAAACAGCUUGCAAAGCCAGGUUCCAGGCUUUCACAAAGCUCAGCUUGGCGACGAUGAUUGCAGAGUUUCCAUGCUUCAGCAUGCUGGCGGCCUUCGAGGCUUUUGUGCUCAGUGGCAAAAAGUUUGCAGCGUUGAGCCGGAUGCGUUGGCUGGAGUCUUUGGCACGGCUGGGGAAAUUCUGUGAUGUAGACGAGAAGGAGCUCACGGAGCAGAUGCAGGAACUGCGACCGAUGGCCCGGGCGGUCUUCGAGCACACUGACUGCAACGUCUUCCAGGCUUGGCGCAAGGUCUCCUGCCAGCGGCCGGCUGCAACAGCCUUGCACGGGGCGUUACUGCGCCUCGGCAUCAUGAACGGCUGCACCACGUCAGGUGUGGAGCAGACCUUUGCGAAGCAGUCGCAGCUCUUCACGAAGCACCGCAGAAAAAUGCAUGUUUCCCUCGAGUGCGAUGAGACGGUGCUAGCGGGAGACCUCGUGAGUGAAGAGUGCCGUGUCGUGUCCGAUGAGAAGAUUUGCCUGCAGGCGGCUCGCAUUUGGCUGCGGCUUCGCUACGAAGCGAAGAUCGCAACACCAGGUCGCAUGACGAAAGGCGUGAAACAGACAGCGACAAAGAACCUGGGCAAGAUGUCGGCUGCAACAGCCAUGCAGUGGAAACGCCGAGCGCGACAAAAGCUCAGCCAGGCCAUGAAGCAGCGUGGCUUGAGAGAUGUGAGCUCGUUGGAGACGAGUAUCCGCCUUCCUUGUGGACACGCGGGCUGGAGCAGCGCUCACGAAGCGGAACUGGCCUUCCAGAAAAACAAGUUGCUGGAGAAGAAGAUGCAGGCAUCCCAGGCCGGUAUGUUGCUAGAGGCCGAGGAGCGGACGAUCGCGGCUGACAAGCCGAAGUGGUUGAGGAGGCAAGCACAAAACACCCACAAGGAGGCCCUGAAGGCGAAACGGUUGAGCGACGUGGACCUCGCUGCAGACCGCCAGUGGAAGUUGGCAGAUGUCCUGAGAGGGCAGGUAGUGGCGAUUGAGCAGGGGCUCGAGCAUUUGCGGCCAGCGGCGACGAGGUUCUGCUUGCGCGUGGAAGAGACGGCUGAAACAGCUUCAGUGUGCAUUGUCAAGAACCCAGCAGAGGUGCCGAGGCGGAUGGCAUGGGUGUUGACGCUGUAUGGAGGAGCCGCCGUGAAUCCGGGCUUCGUCCAGAGCAUGGGCAAGAAAGGCGAGCUCCUGCAGUUCGAGGCCGCGGUCCGGAAAGCAAAAGUGGGUAUUUGGCUGACACCCGCUUUUGUUGCAGAAGCACCUCGCAUUGCUGCGAUGCUGCGACAAGCAGUGAGGCACCCUGGGAGCCAGUGGCAGCUACAAGCUGACGAGAACAACUUCUGGAGCAUCCGCGGCAAAGCCGUUGCUAUCGCUGCGGUUUUUCAAUCUCUAGAGUCGGCUGCAACAGCCGGGGCGCACAGCCACAGCACUCAGAGUCUGUACAGUCUGGGGAACAUGGGGAAGAAGAUGUUCUUUGGGGAAAAAGAGGCCGCUAUUCAUCGAGCGGGGCAUGCCUAA